AUAGAAGAUAGUAAUGCCGUACUUAUAUUUGUACUCUGCAUUUAUAUACCAUUGGACAUUGUAAUUAUUGCCGGGAAUACGUUCGUUCUUGUAGUGAUUCGACGAACACCGAGUCUGCACAACAUUCAGUUUGAGUUACUAGCAUGUCUGGCCUUUGUUGAUCUUCUUUCUGGUAUUGUUGGUGUUCCGUUGAGCAUAUGGGGAAAUAUAACACGGCAGUCGCUAUAUCUUGUAGUUGAAGACUGUGAAUUGCAGUACAUCCCAGGCAAAAUACUCUUCGCUACAUCGUUUUGGCAUCUACUUAUGAUAACUGUAGAUCGAUACAUUGCAGUGAUGAAACCUCUGAUCUACCCCAAAUUGGUCACGCGAAACAGAAUACGAAAAUGUGUGGCCGUAUCUUGGGUAUGUGGGACGUUGUUUGGUUUGCUCUAUCUGAUUCCAAAAAUCGAACGUCGUGAAGAAAAAUAUUUCUGCUUUAAAACUUCAAAAAUGUUAGGUUCAAUUGCAUUGCUCCUGGCUGUGUUACUUGGCACUGCAAUGAUGGUGUUCAUGUACGUGUGUAUUUUCAAAGAGGCAAAGAAGCAACAACGUAAAAUUGUAAAAGCAAGCGCAAACAAAGCCGAGUUUCGAAGGAAGUUUAAAGGGGCGAAAACGGCAUUUAUCGUCGUUGCAUUCUUUCUUAUGUACUAUAUACCUCAUGUUAUACGCAUACUACUUGGCAAAAUAGUGGAACACGAGAACCUGUUCUGGAUGGAGUGGCUAGCAGAAAUAUGUACCACAUCUAGCCUGGCUAUUAAUCCCAUAAUCUAUGUUUGCCGCUACAAAUGUUUCGCUAGAUGCUUUCGUAAAAUAUUUAGAUUUCAGUUUGUUUAACAAAAUUGCAAGAGGGUCUGAGAGUUGACAAAAUGAAAUUACACGAGAUCGUAUAUGUCCACUGGUUGUGGAUUAUACGAAUGUGGCCCUACGGAGGCUACGCACUUCACAUAGAUUUGAUUUCCCACAAAGAAAAACAUAUUUCCGACACGCACGGUAAAGCAAUUUUAAAUGUGGGUGUUCAAUGAUUCUAUACUCAAUUACUUCCUGAAAAGGUCUAGUUCGAGUAACCAACUUUGCUACGAAAGAAACUGAUAUUAAUAUCGAGAAUACGACAGGGAUGAUCGUUCGUUGUUUCGAUAUCGUACCGUAAUUUUGUUGGCAUCAAUUUGCAAUUUCUAACAGGGAAUAGCAUUGCACUAUGUAUGGAAUACAGUAUAGUUAGACAACUCGAUGGACAAGCCACAUACAUCCAGACAUUCUCCUAGAAUCACACCUUUAUUUCAGACAGGAAUAAACUAAUUAUAUGGAGAUGCUACUACAUGAACCACGCCUGGAGGAACAGACCUGAAAUACAGAACCGGAGGGCCGCGCCAGCGCCAGGAAACGCCUAAAUUGUCAUUUUUCGGGGGGAUUUGCUUUGCACCUUGGAACACUUUCGAGAAGUUUUGAGCAACGCCCGUCCACGUCACUUUUUUCGUCUGGUACACAGGCCCCCAGUCGUGGACAUCGGAACCCCUCCCCCUCGACAAAUCCUGGCACUACCCCCUGUUAAAGCGUGGGCUAUUUGAGCUAAACCAGGGAGCCUACGGUGGUUUUAUUAAAGUUAAAACGCAUGUAGACUUGGCCUAUACCAGAAGAAACAAUUCCGGUUUAAAGAAAGUGUUACUUGUCCAUUGCGUGCCAUAUGUUUAUUGUUUUAGAGUUUUAGGUUAGUAGCAACAUAGGUGAACCGACUGUAAAAACAAGACCAUCAGAGGAUGGAGGCAGACUAUUAUAUAAACAAGAGGAAUGAUUAAUGAAUCGCUUCUCAUUAUUAUAGGCCAGAUUUCAGUAAGUGUAAUUCCAAAUAGACCUGACCUUGGGACUGGUGUAUUAUUCCUCAGAUAACUUUUAGUAAAACAACAUAAUAAUUAGUACGGUAUAUAUGUUUAUUAUUAGUAUAGGCCUAAGGAUUAUUAAGUGGUAUUAUAGUCGAAAAAUCUUGUUUCUUGUAAAGUUUAAAGUAUAGGCCUAUCUUUUUUGCUGAAUAUACUUUGAUUUUAAUCUUUGAAUUGCUUGUUUUUAAGGAUAUAUUUAUUUGGUAUGGAGUUUCCCUUCAUUAGGGAUAACAAGUUUAUUUUAUUGUUUUUAAAAAAGUUCAAACCCCUCAUAGGGGUUUGAACCUAAAACUUGACGAUUACCGUUCAGUCAACUUUGUAGGCCUAUAGAGUAAAUUUUAAGUUUCAAUUUAAAAGUAAAAAUAUUCCCCUCUUGAAACGGUCAGAUAAGCGUUCUCAAUCUUAUUACAGUAAAUAUGCCUAUUAUGUGUGUGUACAUUCAAACACAUUGAGUACCCCGGUAGUUGCAUACGUAUUCUUUUUUUUUCCAUGAGAAAGUGAAGCCCAGGAAAAUCUUGAUUCCUAGAUGGUGGGAAAUGAGCUUUCCCGACUUCUAAUUUUCCAUUGUAAUAAAAAAGAAUUCAGCUAACAGGUCCUUAAAAGGCAGGUCUAGAUUUUUUUUUUGCUUAGCAGCCCAAGGGGGAGGGGGAAGGACCCCUCAGAUACGCCAAUGCUCCUCCCAACUCCUAACGGCAAUCCAGAACACGGCACUUAUUAAUACUAUUCUUGGAAAUUUAUUUUUUUAUUUUUAAUGUAAUUAAAUGUGUUCUCGAUGUGAAUUUCUUCUUUUCCUAAUGAAUGUAUAUAUGAAUCUUAUUUUUAAUUACCAAAUAUUGAACCCAUAUUUUAUCACUUUUUGCCAAUUCUUUACCCAAUUGAUGUAGGCCUAUAUAAAAUUUAUUAAUUAUAAACAAUUUUAAUUUUUUAUAUUUUUUAUGCGAUAUUCUUCAUGUUUA